CACUUGCUGUCGCAAGCGAGUGUUGUACAUAAUUUUAUUUUCCAUUAUUUUUAUAAUGAUGAAUAAAGAAACAUGAAAGCAAUGAAUUUAAAAUCAAUUACAAAAGUGUUUUCAUAAUUUUAGUUCUUUACAAGUCCAUCGCAAAGCAUUGCGAUGGACGUACCGGAUGAGGGAGUCUUAGACGUGGAUUCUUUAGCCGACGAUGGAUCUGAUGAGGAAUGUGAAGCGCAACCGUCUUCAGACUUUUAUGCAGGCGCAGCAUCAACACCGACGUCAUGUGCGUCAUCUCCACGAGGUGAAGAGCCGGCCUCACCUCACGGUGCUAUAUCUCAAACACAAUUUUUUCAUCAAACAUACACUCGCCCUUUUUUCACAUCUGGGCGACGGGGCCCUGGCAGGCCACGAAAAGAAGGUGCUAAAUUGGCACGGGAAGGAAAAAUUGUUAGAAGAUAUAGAGGAGUGCCGGGUACAGUUAGAGGUGCAAAAAGGCAUCGUACUAGUAGAGAUGAUGCUUUAGAUGACAUGGGUGAAGAUGACGAUUUCACUAUGCCAGCUCCUGAAGAGCCUCCAUAUACACCAGAAAAAUGGCCAGGAAAAGUUUGUGCUCUAUGCAACCUCAGCGAACGGAGCCAGCUUGGGCAAGGGGAAAUGAGACAGUUACCAUGUCAUGUCGAAGAAGAAGGCAAUAUAACACCAGGAGCAAACUCUGGGGGGGUUACUCCAAGCAGCAUUAGUGGUGGAAUUACUCCUGGCAGUAUUACCCCUACUACACCUACACCUAGUACCCCUACAAACAUGCCGGCUGGAUUAGCCUCACCGCCGCUUGAUAUGAUGGAUGUCAACCUGCAACAAGCUUUACCUUUAAGUAGAAGACAGAAAUCAUUUAAUAAAUGCAAGACUCCACUAUACAACAUGGAACAUACAGAUGAGCUAUCAAUAAUUGGUCAUCUGGAAUCUUUGGAAUUGCCAUCAUUGGUGUCCUUGGGAAUGAUUUAUAUCCAUCGCUGUUGCCUGGAAUUCAGCCCGCCUUUUCAAGAUGAGGUGGCAUCGGGGCCUGAUGACGAUAAAGAACAACUGGAGGAAGCGAGGGUUAAGGGGCUUGUGACUGCUGCUCUAUCUCGAAAAUGUGCUUUCUGCCAGAGGCAUGGCGCAAGCAUACCAUGCAAGAUGAGUUGCAGUAAAUAUUACCAUUUGCCGUGUGUUCUGGCAUCGGGAGGAUUAAUGGAUUUUCAAAAUAAAUCAUCAUUUUGUAAAGAUCACCUUUAUCAAGCUCCACUUGUGGGCACUGCUGAUAUCGACUGUCGCACUUGUCGCACGAUCGGGGAUAUGUCGAAUCUAAUGACGUGUGUGGUUUGUGGUGGACAUUAUCACGGGACUUGUGUGGGUCUUUCACAAUUACCGGGCGUGCGUGCGGGUUGGUCAUGUCGCUCCUGCCGCGUGUGCCAAGUGUGUCGGGGCGAAGCCCUAGGUGGGCCGGAGUCCCGUGCCGUGACGUGUGAGCAAUGCGAUAAGCUCUACCACGCGAUAUGUUUGCGACCCGUUAUGGCUACUGUACCCAAGUAUGGCUGGAAGUGUAAGUGUUGUCGGGUGUGUUCCGACUGUGGUUCCCGAUCACCCGGGGCUGGUCCUUCGUCACGAUGGCACGCUCACUAUACAGUAUGUGACUCGUGCUACCAACAACGGAAUAAGGGGUCUUGUUGCCCUCUGUGCCGCCGGGCUUACCGGGCGGCUGCGUAUAGAGAUAUGAUACGCUGUGUUGCUUGCAGGCGGUUUGUUCAUGGUAUGUGCGACCCUGAAGCGGAUCCGCAACAAUACAGACUGAAAAAGGAACAAAAUCCAACGUAUGACUACACGUGUCCUCUUUGUAAGACUCAAAUGCUAGCUUCGAAGUCUGGAUCGUUUGAUGACGACAACAUGGCUUCGACAUCCCAAGAUUCCUCCUUUGGCGAUGAGAAUUCACAGGAACAAGAUCCACUCGCCAUUGAACCUAAGACCGACAUUGGGCUUGGCAAAGGAAAACCGUUCUCGGUAUCAUCGAAAGUGGCGAAGAAGAAAAUUGGUGGUUUCAAGCUAAAGGGCGGGUUCCCUCCGGCCGGAAAAAUGGGUUUCCAAAAACGCCAACGUUCUGUUUUGGAGUUUGGUAGAAAACGAGGCUCGAAACCCAAGAUGAGGGGAGUUUUCGGUGUACCCGGACUUGGACUGCAAAGACCACAGGCUCCGGAUAAUAAAGCUCCUGAAGAAGAUCCAGGAGUAGAAAACAAGUUAGUGCUUUGUUCGAGCAAAGACAAGUUUGUGCUGACUCAAGAUUUAUGUGUUAUGUGCGGUGCAAUUGGAACCGAUUCGGAGGGUUGUCUCAUUGCGUGUGCGCAGUGUGGGCAGUCUUAUCACCCUUACUGUGUUAAUAUCAAGGUAUCUCAAGUGAUAGUAUCGCUCGGCUGGCGUUGUCUGGACUGUACGGUGUGUGAAGGCUGCGGGUCUCGCGCUGAUGAUGGAUUACUUGUUCUCUGCGAUGAUUGCGAUACGGCUUGGCAUACCUAUUGUGCGCGGCCGCAAUUGUCUGAGGUACCACGGGGUGCCUGGCGCUGCGAGCGGUGUCGAAGAUGUCUCGUUUGUGGUACAAGAGAUACUCAAUUAUGGUGUGAUAAUUAUACUGAAUGCGCUCCAUGUGCAUCGCUAGUGAUGUGCUGCGUUUGUUCUGAGCCGUAUUCAGACGGCGAAUUGAUAAUUCAAUGCGUGCCAUGCGCUCGUUGGUUGCACGCUGCCUGCGACGGUGUACGCUCGGAGGCGGACGCUGAAGUUUGCUGUCGGUCUGGAUACAAAUGCUGCUUAUGCCGCGGCCGAGACAUCCCCCCACCGCAUUUAGCGAGAGCCAUCGAAGCACCGUCAAAACCAGCGGGACAGUUGACAGCCCUAGCACUGGGGUUGGCCGGAGAAUACUAUGUUGAUGAUGUAUGUCUGUCCCAACGCGGUGCACAUCAUAUGAAACAGCUAGAAGCUGAACUCGGAAUUACCCAUACGAGACGCAAGCGCCGGUUCAAGCAUGAAAAUAAUGAGAAAGAUGCCGAAAUAAUGGCAUCUAUUGAAACAGUGGUUCAGAACGCAGAAGGGGAUGGUGAUGACGGCAAACCUGACACUACUGCUGAAGUUAAAGAGGAGCCAGGUUUAUCGACAAACGCCAAUCUGAAGGAGGGAAUCCUAUGGAAUGUAUCGAACGAUGGUCCGGUACCAGAGGGAUUUACGAUUUACACAACAGAUUCGGGGCUUACAGUACUUAGAAGAAAGAGACAGCGUAACCUCAAUAAACUCGGUAUAGGCGGGUUCGUUGUGCGACAGAGACAAACGACGCUCAAAGCUCAAGCAGAUGAAGAUAACGAUGGGACACAAAAUGCAGAAUCUCCUAGCAACAAACGCAAGCCACGUCGCAAGCCGCGCUCCAAACUCAUGGAACAGUUUCCCUCAUACAUGCAAGAAGCAUUCUUUGGCAAAGAUCUUCUGGAACCGAAACCUGCAGCAAUAUAUUCAGGUGAUGAAAACGGUCAACGGUCCCCAGAAUUGGGUGCGUUUGAAAAUUCUGACUCGGACGGUGAGGACGUGCUCACGGCGUUGUGCACGUACACGGAGCGACAUACCACGUCCUUUAUAACGCUUAAUCAGGACGAAAAAGAAGUACUCUGCACGCUAAAGCCAAAAGAAGAAAAGGAAGAUUCCUUCAGCUCAAUAACAGACAUCAAAAUAAAGACAGAAGGCGCUGAAGACUGUCAAUUGAAGCAUACAGAAGAUUCCACCGCACUCAAAAAUGCCAUAUUGGGUCCCCAUCACACUGAAAUGGACCAGGGAGUGUCGACAACUGAUGGAGUGCCUCCGGUACCGCCAAAGACGGAACCAAAUACUGAUAAUGCAUCGUCGUCACAACCGGCUAUAUCUCCUAAGGACGAGUUGUCUCUGCUUGGAGUAAACUUGGACGCGAUGGUCCGUGACACAUUACCGGACAUGGACAGUAAUGAUGUCGAUGAAAUAUUUAAGGGUGUGCUGACUGAUGAUUCGCAGGAAUCUCAAGAGUCGUCGGUGUCGUACGUUAAUUCGAUGGCAGGUACGCCCUAUUCCCAACAAAGGCAGCAGCUGCAAAGUCCAAUGGAAUAUGCAUCACCUUAUCAUCACACAGAUUUUGGUAGCAGUGGAAGCAGCGCCCUGAGUCCGCUUUACUCUGAAAGCGGAUCAGGCGGCGGAAGCGUGAGCGGAAACGGGGCAGGCAAUUGGCCCGAGUCUAGCGCUCCACCGCCUUCGUACAACCAGCGAAGUGCUGAUAAGAUGCGGGCUGAUGAAAGCCUAGGUUCCGCAGCGACAAUAUCAGCCGUCCUCUACGCCAACACAAACCAUCCCGAAUGGAAGAGCGAGUUCCCGAACUGGGUGGAUCGAUGCAAGCAAAUACUUAAGAAGUGGCGCGCCCUACCUGCAGAGCAAAAGGCGCCCUAUUUACAACGCGCGAGGGACAAUAGGAGCGCAAUUCGCAUGAAGAAAGCCCAACAGAGUUCGAGCGGACCGAACGAGGAGCCGGCGACAUCACCGGCACCCGUUAACGUGACGACUGUCACCGGGGUCGGCGUGACAGGGGUGUCGGGCGUGACAGGAGUGACUGGAGUGACGGGAGUAACAGGAGUGACAGGAGUGGCAGGAGUUACGGGCGUGACGGUGAACACGGACCAGGAGCGAGCUUGUAAUCAGCAAAGAAGCGCUCGCGAGGCGGAACAAGAGCGGCAAUGGAAGCAAUUGCAGCAAAUGCGACAGCAGCAGACGCAGCAGCAACAGCAGAUCAUACACGAUCAAAGGAUACAAGCAGCAAUGCAGCGCUUGCGUACAGACGGCAGUCCUCCCUCAGGCCUUCCCACGGUGCUGCCCUCGGGACCGGUUAACGCGGAAGCCCCGAGGAGUGCGUUCCCGGCACAACGCUUUCCACUACACUAUGCGAAUGCAGAUGACAACAUUAAUCGCCAGUUGAGGGAUCUCCUGCAGAGGCACCCGGAGAAGAUGUGGCCGCCGCAAGCUGCAAAUGAAGAAGGUAGCAGUACUAAUAUAGGCACAGAAGGACAAGCAUUCAGACUUCCCUUGCCCGUUGGAGUCAGACCUCGUACUCCUCUCCAGUCAAUGCAUAGACCGGAUCACCAUUUGAUAAUGCAACAGCGACUAAUCGCAUCAGAGGGAAAUCAACAGGGAAUGUCCAACGUAAAUCAACAAAAUAUGGAGCAGAAACAAAAUGUUCAAUCGGGAGGUGACAAGCCAGAUGGCGCUGAUCAAGGGAGCGAUGAGAUGGACAUUGGCGAUAUGGAUAAACUCGAACAAGAUUCUGGGAACAUUGGAGAGGUGGAUAUUUUAACCGGACUCGGCGGGGAAGACGACGAACAAUUGUUGGAAUCUUUGACAGCGGAAAUUGGGGAACAAUUCAAUAUCUUGGAAUAUGCAGAUCCGGAAUUAGCAGCACUUCACGCUGCAGAUCACUUGCUGGAUUCGUUGGAUCUGCCUGAUGACCAUCACCAUGCCUCCAAUGCGGGGCAAGGGGCUGGAAGGAGAACGGACAUAGAGCAAAAAUCGGAUACGAAAAUGACAAGCGAACUUCAAACCGUAAAAUUGGAAACGAAAUCGGAAAUUAAAUCUGAGGUCGUGGAAGUGAAGUCGGAAGUUGUUGAAAUGAAGACAGAAGUACAAUCACAAUUCCAAGAUGGCGUUCAAAGAGUGAUCACGCAGAGCCAACAGAUCGCUUUACAGUCUGCCAUGCAAGCGAUCAAAGCGGAAGUGAAGCCAGAAUCAGAGGAGACCAAAUCGGAAAGUGAUUGGCAGCGACCGGUGUUCUCACAGAUGUUUGGAGUACAGCAACAGCAGCAAAGACAAAUUCAAGGCGCGAGGCCAUUGCUCGUUGAUGGCGCAAGACCACAGUUACAGUUCUCAUCACACCCCAUGCAUUUUGCUCAGGGUAAUUCUGGCGUAACAAGCGCAAGUGCAGCCAGUAUAGUCAGCGCAAUGACGGCGCAAGUACAAGCAGCUUUAGCGGCUGGCCGAUCUAUAGCACCCGGCACCAAAUUGCUUGGAGCAGAUGGCGCUGUGGGCGUGGUACGGCACGAUAGAUCAGUUCUGCUCACGGCCUUACCGCACUCCGCUCGUGCGGCUCCGCCCCCAUACCCAGGAGUACGACCGACGGGCUCCGCCCCUUCGACACCAACACCUUUGCAGCAUCAGCACCAACCGAUAUCGCAGCACCAUCAGCCACCACCGCCUUACCCUCAACAGAACGUAAACCAGGAGCAACCGUUGCUUCUGGAGGAGCUGUUGGAGCAGGAGAAGCGCGAGCAGGAGCGCGAGGGUGGGGAGUGGGGGGCGUCGGCGCUGGGGGCGGCCGCGACUCAGGCGCCGCCCCCCGCACCCGCGCCCCUCUACUCGGGGGUGCCGCCUCCUGCGCCGCCGCCGCCUCCCGAACGGCCAGUCUCCGAAGCGGACCACCACGCGCGGCUGCUCUACGAACAGUGGCUCAAGAACUACAACGCGUACGCAGCGGAUCAGCUGCGCUACUACGAAGCGGAAGUACAAAAACUCCGCAAGAUACGCAAGUCGCUGAAUAGUAAGCAGCGUCAAUUAAGAAAGUCCGGGAACGAAUUGAUGCCGAACGACGCUCAAGAAUUACAGCGUGUAUCCACCGAACAAUCGGCUUUACAAAAGCAUUUAGAGGCGGCCAGAAAGCAAGCAAGGCAGCACAGUAUGCUGGUCCAGGAAUACGAGACGAAACAACGUCAAAACAAUCCCCAAUUGACUCAGCAGACGGUUAUAAAUCAACAACAAGUAACUUCUAAUCAGAAUAACUUCAAUCAAAAUCAGAAUAUGGGCCAAUCCCAACAAAUACAACAGCAAACGAUAAAUAGACCGAUGCAGAUUGGUCUUCAAGGCUCUGGAAUGCAACAACAACAGCAGACGCUUAUACGUACACAACAAACGCUUCUUACUGCUGACGGGCAACCAUUGCAACAACAAAGAAUAGGCUUGGUGACGUCACCGCUGAAUGCUCAAGGCCGUAUACUUCAAGGAGCUCGAACUCUGGUUAUAGAACAGACUGGAGCGCCACAGCAACAACUAGUCCGACAACUUUCUGGGGUGCAAGAUCGCGCUCAAUCGGUUGGCGGUAUAGUGUUCGGUCAACAGCAACUUCGCAACCAGAUGAAUCCGGGCAGUCAAACGCCUCGUCCUGCGGGAUCCCGACCGGCCAUGUCUCCCCUUCAUGUACAAUCUCCUCACUCGCAAUCUCCACUGCACUCGAUAGCACCACAAUCUCCCCUACACCACCUUACCUCGCCGAUGCAGUCGCCUUUACACUCGCAACAAUCUCCGUUGCAUCACACUUCUCAGUCUCCACUACAUUCGUCGACUCAAUCUCCUCUGCAUACUCAACAAUCUCCGAUGCACUCGCAGCAGUCUCCCAUGCAUGCUCAAUCGGGAAAUCAUCCCCAACAGAGUCCGAUGCAUCCUCAGCAAAGUCCAAUGCAUCCCCAACAAUCGCCUAUACACCAACAGUCGCCUCUUCAUGCUCAGAAUCAGAUGACUGCGCAUUCGCCGAUGCAUCCACACCAGAGUCCGAUGCAUCCACAGCAGGGUCCCAUGCAUCAACAGCAGAGUCCCAUGCAUCAACAGCAGAGCCCCAUGCAUCCACAGCAGAGUCCCAUGCAUCCCCAACAAAGCCCGAUGCAUCCACAACAGAGUCCGAUGCAUUCCCAACAGUCGCCAAUGCAUAUACAACAAUCUCCGUUGCAUACUCAGCAAUCACCAAUGCAGUCGUCUAUGUCUCCGCAACAUUUUUUGCAACAACUGCAAGCGCAAAGAACGAGCCCUCAGUUGCCUACUCCUAGUCGCAGUCCCCAGAUUUAUCAACAAUCACAAAUACAGAGCCCGGUGACAUCACAUUCGCCGCAGCUACAAAACAACGAUUAUUCGUCUGGGAGAUUUUCUCGGCCCGCACCAGGCUGUUCACCGCUACCAACUAGAUUCGCAAGACCACCUCUUCACCAGCAAGGAAUGAGAGUUGGCGUUCCGUUCGGUUCACGACAGCAAACCUCGCCGUUGGGCAGUCCUCAACCGCUACCGUCGCCCGGGAAUACUUCGAAUGAAAUGGCGAGACAGCAAAUGCUUCAGCGUCAGCAAUACAGCCCAAUGGGUGGAGCUCCGUCGUCGCCAUCAGUGGCUCGUUCGCCUCACGUGGCUCGUACCCCGACGCCUUCUGCGUCGCCGGCAGCCUCCCCGGCACCUCAUCACGAUCACGGAGGUGGUCAUCAUCACCACAUGGCGCCGAUUCCCCCCGGGUAUAGAUACUUCAAACCGGGUCUUCUCGGUGGAGCCCCAGGAUGGCCACCCAAAGAAGAGGAUAGGCGGAGAGGUCACGCAAGCAAAAUAUCCAUACUGAAGCGUGGAACUCCACGGCCGCGUUUCUCGGGCAAAACUGCCGCUCCCGAAGUGCACCAGGAGGAAGGAGAACACAGCGAGGCUAGAAAAUACGUUCUUUACUCUACGGAAAGCGUCGACUACGCUUCCACUGAUGCUAGAAUGAGUUUCUCUAAAGAGGACGACGAGAUAGGAAACUUAGUUCAGCACAUGGACGAUGACGAUAUAGUGGUGGUCGAGCCGGGCGCAAUCUCGCCCGAAGAGCGCAUCGCCACUGAAGAGGAUUUCGAAGAACUCAUCGAUAGCGGCAAACCGGAAGAUGAGGCCGAAGAAGAAAUUCAGCACGAGAAAACGCCCACCCGAACUGAAACUACGACUAAAACUGUCGCCGUCAUAAGCUUGGCGACCGCAAAACAACCUACAAGUAACUUACAACAGUAUAAAUUAGUGAACACUUCACAAAACUCAAAUCUUUCUCGUUUACCGAUGUUAAGCGCGACUGUCCUUUCGCCUCAUUCGAAUACUAAAAUUCUGAAGGAAGUCUCGCAAGCAACUGUCGCUUCAGUGUCAAUAGCGAACCAGACUAUUUCGGUUCCAGUUUUGAAGAACCUCUCGGUUCCUAUUGGCAGUGUAGGGCAUGGCGGUGGGCUAACCAAAGCUCAAUUAAAAAAAGUCCCACUCAAUAUUACAAAUCAACAGUUAAAUUUAUCUUCCCAAUUGAGCAAGCCUAUGAGUUCUGUGAUAAGCGUGAUAUCCUCCAAUGUUCCCAAGGGUUCGUGUAUCAAUCCCGUCAUUACUCUCGCUACUUCCAACACUAUGACGGGUCAGACGAGGGUCCCGGUAACUAUAAUGACCCAACAUCAAGUAAAGCAAAAAAUUGUUAAGACAAUUGAGAAACCAAUGGGAUUGUCUCUUUCCAAUACAAAGUUGUCAAGUUUGUCCGUAACUCAUGAUGCAACUUUGCCAGCUAAGAUUUUUCAAGAUGACGCCGCUUCUCCAGACAGUACGGUCACCUCCGAAAAUGCACAGGAACCGCAAGCGACAUCUACCACUUCACAACAUAAUAUUAUGCUCUCUUCUUUGACCCAGGAAAUAGCGCCAAAGGAACCUAAACACACUUUAAAGGAUUCCAAUAGAGAUAUCGAUAUUGAAAAUGAAAUAAGCCAACAAACUGAGCUGCCUCAUACACUCUGUUUAACUGAUAGGACACCAUUAUUACUAGGUAAAGCUGACAUUAAGAGUCCGGAUCCAAUUCCAGAGAAAAUUCCAGAUAAUAUAAUGGAGGGUGACGAUGAGGAUAAACCGGAAGAUAAUAUACAAAGCAAUAUAUUAUUACCAUUCAAUAAAGCAAAUAAUGAACAUGCGACAUCGUCGGAGGCCAAACACGAAGAUAAUGUGGUUAAGACAAUAAAAGCUAUUGCUAAUCAAACUAAAGAAAUGGUUAUAGGUUCUAACAUGCAAAUUUCCUCUGAUUUGGCCCAAGAGUCUGUUCAGAUAUCUAUUCCUUCACCGACACCGUCUCAGGAGCGAUAUCUCAAUGACAUUACAAUGCGUGAACACCCAGAAACGUCUGAAGGUAAUCCAAAACAUGUGGAAUCAUUUGAGGACAUGUUAUGUAUGCUCGACAAUAUAGGUGACGACGGGAAAAGUUUUGGAAACAAACAGCAUCCAAACAAACAAACAGGUCAAGCUGCAAUGCAUAAUCCUAACCACCCACUUAACAAUCCUACGGCUCAGCGAGUGAAUAAAGAACCACAGGAACAGCCAACAUUUCAGGCACGAGAACAAGAAAGACUCAAUAUGCAAUCGGCAACAGUGCCCCAACUUUCGCCUUUAUCACAACCGGCUGAAAUGACAUCUAACAUGGCCAGUGUAUCACAGCAAUUGAGAACUAUAAUGUCUUCCCUUAAUACUAAUGCGUCGAAAGUGGACACCCAAAUAGUCACCAGAAAAGUUGACGCGACUCCGACACAAGUAAACUAUGAAAAUCUUCUACCAUCCUCGAAGGUCGAGGUGACAGCUUCGAGGCCACAUCCUCCACAAAAAAUUGAAAAACCCCCAACAUCUAUUUCGUCUUCUGAUCCAUUGCCUAUGAGUGCGGCGCAAGCUUUUGGAUCACGCGUAAAUACAUUAUCCACAUUGGGACAAAUGCGAAAAUCACCGACAGUGUCUCCUAUCAACUCACCGAGCGUCAAUUUGCAAAGUAAUUUAUUAAAAUCGCCUGCUCAGUCGCCUCUUAUGACAACUCAAACAAUCACAAAUCAAGGAUUUAAUUCAGGAGACGAUACCAUUACUACAUCGAUGCAAUCGCAAUUAAUUCAAAUGCCCGCCUUGUCGAAAAUUCAAAGUAAUUUAAAUACAUCACAGGUUAUGUACUCUCAUAGUAACAACACUGUAACUACAAGUAUAAGUAAUUUCCAGAAAUCUCAGGCUCUACCUACUAGCAUAUUAGGUAAUACAUUGCUUCAACCUGCCAGGCAAAUCAACACAAGUAACCUGCAAUUCAAUCCACAGUCGAUAAGUUCGAGCCAACCGCCAGCGCUGGUGAUGACUUCGAGAUCAAUAAUAACUAAUAAGGAGCCUGCCCCUAAUGUCACCGUUCGUACACACAAUAUUGUUAAUACUGCCAUUAACCAGAUGCAGUUAAAACAAACACAGGGGCCACUUAACUUCAUUACUUCUUCCAAACUUUUGCAUACACAAUUGACUUCUCCUUUAAAAAGAUCUAAAUCUACAGAUGAGCCAAAGAGUGAGGUGAUUGUAGGCCAUAUCCAACCGACAAAGCGCCAUAGUGUUGAGUCCGUAAUAGUCAAAUCGGAGCCAAUGGAGACUGAUGACCACAACUCGACUAUAACAACUGCUGACAAUUCGGCAAAUAAAACUUUUCAACUGCAAAAUGCAAUCCAGAGGAAUGAUGAGUCGCAAAAUGUUUUAUUGAAACAGCUAUUACAAACCUCAACCGCGACCACCAGUGUAAGCGUACCGCAAAGAACUGUGACAAUUCAGAGAACUGCCCCAGCCUUAGGCACUAUUCCGUCGUUGGAAGCACAACUGGCCAGGCCUUCCAUUCCACCUCCUCCUAUAUCUUUAACACAAGAGGUGGAAAUUCCUAAAAACUCUCCUAGGCAUAUCACUAGUAUUAGUCAACCUUUUACAAGUCGAUCGUUGACAUCUAUUCCGACAUCAUCGAUGUCACCAAUGAUGCACUCAUCUACGCAGUCCUUGAUGGAUGUUAGAAAACAACCCGUUAAACUUUUAAAUAAAGAAGAUAUAACACCGAUACCCGAAUGUUCUCCAACCAUGAAGACAAUGCCGAUGUAUCCAAUGAGUGUUGAAAGCCAACAACUAUUGCAUCAACAAAUGAUCAAAAAGGAAGUACUACCACCACAGCAAAGUCCGGUACAUAGGCCAUUCACACCUAUGGAUGUUAAGAAGGAACUUCUAGAUGAAAGCUCCCAACAAUCUGCGACUUCGGGAAUAUCGACUGCAUCGGAUCAAGGAAAGCUUGAUCAACCUAUGAAAGAGGAGUAUCCAGAGAGUGUGAUAAUGGAUCAUGCAUCUGAAAUAAAUCCGUCAGAAACACCGUCUGAGGCGAAAAAACGGAAACGAAGGGAAUAUCAACAGAAAAAAAGAAAACAAAUGCAAAUGAACUUAAAAGCUGCUGCUGAAAAUGGUAUAAAUGCUGCAGCAAAGAAAAGACCUCGUAAGGGUUCGAGAUAUGAAGAAGAUUAUGACACAUUUAUUGAUAACUUAAUGGUACAAUUACGCCUUUUACCUCCUAUGCAAAUUCAGGAGCCAUCUUUAACAACAAAUUUUUCAGUUUGUCCUUUGUUCGGAUCUGGAGAUUUAACUAAAUUAAAAAACAAGGAUUACGACAUUUCGAAAGGAGAUUUGUUAGGCGAAUUUGGUAAUGCUAGGAUUCCAAAUGUUGCCGAUUAUUAUAACACAAAGCCGUUUGGUGAUGAGGAACCGUUACCCGAGAAACCACCAGCAUCGACACAAAGAGGCUUUUAUGAUCAAGAAUUUCCACCUAUUCUAUUUGAAGAAGAUCCUGAAGAUAAGAAGCUUGAUUUUAUUUGUAAAGAGCGUGACACGGAUACUCCAGAUACAAUUGUUAGUUGCUCGAGUCCUGAAGCAUUUGAAUUUGAAUCGGAUGAUAGAUUUCCUGGACUCAAACUUAUUGAUGAUGAUGAAGAGGAGGAAGAUGAAGAUAUGCUGGCACCUGGUCGAAUUUCUCCCAUUAUUCCUAUUAUAACUCCUAUACCUAUUCGUGUGAAACCUUUGUCGUUGAAAGACGACGAAGAUAGUCACAAACAAUUGAAAUCUGUAGACGCAAUUGUUAAAACGAAAAUGGAAGACUCUCCUAGUAAUCCAGAGAGUAAUGAAAACGUUACCGUUACCCUCACCCUUACAUCGGGAGCAGCUGAAGAUAUACUAGGUGUACUUAAAGAACUUGCAGGAAUACUGCACAUUCCGCCGCCAACAGCCUAUCAAAUAGUGGAAAGAACUGCGACACCACCUUCUCACAAAUUAGGACUGUAUAGAUCGAAAGGAAAAGAUGGUAAAGAAGGAGCACCUAUCGAUAUCCAAAGCAUUUUGAACGGAGCGGCUAAGUUCUGCCGUCACUGCGAUGUUGUUAUACUAGAUUCAGUCGUCAGAGCUAAGGCUUCCGAGUUUCCACUUCUCGCCGCUAACAAGGGAAACGCUGAGGAAAUCCUUUGUGACAGUGACUCGGAGCUUUAUUUCUGUAGUACACAAUGCUAUGAACGAUUUGCGUGGCGCCCAACGAAUAUUAUUCUUGAUGGAAAAAAGACGCCGAUUAAGGAAGAUAGCAAAUCGGAUAUCGAAACUAAUCUGUCUAAAGAUCGCGAUGACUUCGACACAGCAUCAACCGAAAGUAUGGAAACUGAUGAAUUCGACAUUAAACCCGAUAUCAAAGAUGAAAAAAUGGACUUAUCAUUCAUGGAUUCGUUAGACAAUGAUGAGUUGAUGAAAGAAGUCGGUGACGAUGUCAGCGCGUUAGACGAAGACUUAAAGAGUGUCGAUACUGAUGAGAAAAGUAAUCAAAGCGUUGAGAAAGAAAAGUUCAAGGGUAUUCGUUAUAAAUUAUGGACUCCGGGAUGCAUUGGUCCGCCCGUUAAAUACAAACGACCGACCGAUAGAGAGCUUACUGAACUGGUGUUCCGGACAGGCGUAGCUAUAAUGCCUGUUACAAAUGAAGAUUUCCGAAAGUGCGAACUAUGUGGAAUUCAAGGGGACGGUGUGGCAGACGGUGUAUCGAGACUGUUGAACUCAGACGUAGACAGAUGGGUGCAUCUGAAUUGUGCGCUUUGGUCUGAGGGCGUGUAUGAGACUGUUAGUGGAGCGCUCAUGAACGUAGACAACGCUUUAGCCGCCGGCUCCAGUGCAACUUGCGCCGUUUGUAGAAGAUUGGGAGCAACUGUGAGAUGUUUCAAAGUCCGCUGUGGAAGCGUUUACCAUCUGGGAUGUGCUGUGAAAGACAAUUGCGUAUUUUACAAGAACAAAACUGCAUUUUGCGCUUCACAUGCCCCAAAGAAUGAAAAGGACAACGAGCUGACAACCCUUAGCGUCCAGCGUCGUGUAUACAUAUCCCGAGAUGAGCAGAGACAGGUGGCCUCUGUGAUGCUGCACUCUGACACCAACCACCUGAUCCGUGUGGGCGGGCUCAUCUUCCUCAGCCCGGGGCAUCUGCUGCCCCACCAACUGGCUGCAUUCCAUACCCCCAACUAUAUCUACCCUAUUGGAUAUAAAAUCGUGCGUUUCUUUUGGUCGAUGAAUCGUGCAAACAGCCGUUGCCGCUACGUGUGCUGGAUAUCAGAAGAGGAAGGCCGGCCCAAGUUCCACGUGCGGGUUCAAGAUGACUCCCGCCAUGAGAUGUGCGCUCCUACGCCACGUGCUGCCUGGGCUAAGGUACUAGACACUGUAGCCGCAUUGAGAGAAGGUCGAAAUGAAGAUGGCAUUUUAAAACUGUGGCCAAACUAUGUCACCGGAGAAGAUUUAUUCGGACUCACUGAGCCAUCCGUUGUCAGGGUAUUGGAGAGUUUACCUGGUAUCGAGACCCUAACCGACUAUCGCUUCAAGUUCGGUCGAUCGGCGUUGUUAGAAGGUGGCUUGGCCAUAAAUCCAUCCGGGUGUGCUCGUAGCGAGGCUCGUUGCGCUCGCGUAUGGAGACGUAACACUCGCUCGUUGGUUCCCGCCCAACCGCCACCCGCUACGGCCUUGGACAGUCCUGCCUGCCCUUAUUCGAAACAAUUUGUGCAUACAAAGAGCAGUCAAUAUAAGAAGAUGAAAAUGGAGUGGAGGAAUAAUGUGUAUUUGGCAAGGUCAAAAAUUCAAGGCUUAGGACUGUACGCGGCGCGUGAUCUAGAAAAACACACGAUGGUGAUAGAAUAUAUUGGAGAGAUCAUACGAUCGGAGUUAUCCGAGAUACGAGAGAAGCAAUAUGAAGCAAGGAACCGUGGCAUCUACAUGUUCCGUCUGGACGAGAGGCGAGUAGUGGACGCGACCCUCUGCGGAGGGCUCGCCCGGUACAUCAACCACUCGUGCCAACCGAACUGUGUCGCGGAGACCGUGGAAGUGGACAGGCAUCUCCGCAUCAUCAUAUUCGCUAAACGACGCAUCUCUAGGGGCGAGGAGCUGGCCUAUGACUACAAAUUCGACAUAGAAGACGACGCACACAAAAUCAUGUGCAUGUGCGGAGCACCCAAUUGCCGCAAAUGGAUGAACUAAAUGAAGACAUUACGAGUUUUCCCUAGAAUAUUAAAAUUACGAAAGAAAUUCUCCGAUUUUUUCGGCGGAUAGAUGAUGGCUAUGAGUGUUAGUUGUACCAAAGUAAUUUUACAUUUGUAUAACAUUUGACACAGUGUGAAUUUUCGAGUAAGAUCAUUGUUAUUUUUUUGACGAGUUUUCCCGAAUAGGUUAAGUAUAAUUUUAUGAAAUCUUUUAUAAUUUGAAAUUUAUUAUCACUUUCGAAUGUUUAUUUACUGUUGCUAUCGACAUUAUUCUAUCGAAAUUGUAAAUAUGUACAUUGAGGUCUGCGGUUUUUUAUAUUUAUCAUCUAUAAUCUCGUCGGGGGUUGCAUUUAGUACUUCGGUUAUUUGUAGCAUCUGUCUUCUUAGUUAUAGUCAUAUUUUGUUUCUCUACUUCAUGUUUUCUUUUCUACACUAACUUAGAACUUUUUUUACCUUUUGUAUGAAUUAUAUUGAAUGACUGCUUCUAUAAUUGAUUUGUGCAAUCCUUUGUAUAAUUUUUAGAUAAUUUUAAAUAACUUUGUGGACGGAUCACCACAUCGUGCCUCACAGUUUUGUAUGUAGCGUAGAUAGACAUACGGACACCAGGGCGCCUUGCUAGUGUUAGGUUAGAAGUUGACCACUAAACCUGAAAGUUAACACUUCGUUUGGCUUAAAAUAAUUAAGUUAUUUUGACGUAUUUUCAUAUUCGGCUCUUGGUUUUGUCACGGCCAAUUUUAAAUGAAUAAAAUUUUUAGUGUAAUUUAUAAAAUCCAAGUGAAGUGUUAAAAACUAUUAAUAGUUUUAAAUAGGUAAAGCUGUGUAGUUAUAAUCCAAUUGUGAUACCUCACGUAGUCACGACGUAGGCAAUUUGGCGCGAGUGCCCAACGUAAGUUAGAGUAUUGCAUUUAGUUUAAGAAAUCCAUAAAUGUAUAGAAGGUAACGAAAUCUAGAUGUUAUAAGAUUUCGUAAAUCGAUUUUUUGUAUUUGAUACGAAUUUGUCGCGAGGUUGAACUGCAUUAUCUAUUUCCAUACCGUGUUUUCCUUUACACAGCUAAUAGUACCAUUGUGAUAAAAUAGCGUUUAUCUAUUGAUAAUCUUGACUUUUAUAACAGUGCGAGUCUCAAUCCGACUGAAAUGAAACUGAGUUACGAUCGCGUAGUUUUAAGUAUUUUGUGCAAUAUCGUGAGAUCGUUUUUGUAAAUAAAGUCAAUCAACAAAUAGGAAUAAUCAUGUAUGAAUUUUGUUUAUCGCUAUCCAAGUGAUACUGACAUUGCUUUACCAUCAGUUAUUUAUUUAAGGCAUUCCCAUACAUUACACUAGAUGAGUAUGUUUUCACAGAAGGAAUUGUGUAUGAAUAUUCCAAAUGAAAUAUUUUUGUCACAUUAUUUUUACUUUCAUUAAAGAUUAAUAAGUA